AUGCGCGCGCACCUAGGUGCCUCGGCGGUGGUGGACUGUCCGGUGUGCAAGCAGCAAUGCUUCUUGAAAGACAUCGUCGAGAACUACUUCAUGCGCGACAGCGGGGGCAAGGCCGCCUCCGACGCCCAGGAUGCCAACCAGUGCUGCACUAGCUGUGAGGAUAACGCUCCCGCCACCAGCUACUGCGUGGAGUGCUCCGAGCCGCUGUGCGAGACGUGUGUGGAGGCGCACCAGCGGGUGAAGUACACCAAGGACCACACCGUGCGCUCCACCGGGCCAGCCAAGUCUCGGGAUGGUGAACGUACUGUCUAUUGCAGUGUGCACAAGCAUGAACCCCUUGUGCUGUUCUGUGAGAGCUGUGAUACCCUCACCUGUCGUGACUGCCAGCUCAAUGCCCAUAAGGACCACCAGUAUCAGUUCCUGGAGGAUGCAGUGAGGAACCAGCGUAAGCUGCUAGCUUCACUGGUGAAGCGUCUUGGGGACAAACAUGCUACACUGCAGAAGAGUACCAAGGAGGUUCGCAGCUCGAUUCGCCAGGUGUCUGAUGUGCAGAAGCGUGUGCAGGUUGAUGUCAAGAUGGCCAUCCUGCAGAUCAUGAAGGAGUUGAACAAGCGAGGUCGUGUGCUGGUCAACGAUGCCCAGAAGGUGACUGAGGGGCAGCAGGAACGCCUGGAGCGGCAGCACUGGACCAUGACCAAGAUCCAGAAGCAUCAGGAGCACAUCUUGCGGUUUGCCUCUUGGGCUCUGGAAAGUGACAACAGCACUGCCCUACUGCUUUCUAAGAAGCUGAUCUAUUUCCAGCUGCAUCGAGCCCUUAAAAUGAUUGUGGAUCCUGUGGAGCCACACGGUGAGAUGAAGUUUCAGUGGGACCUCAAUGCCUGGACCAAGAGUGCUGAAGCCUUUGGCAAGAUUGUGGCUGAGCGUCCUGGUACCAACUCCACAGGUCCUCCACCCAUGGCUCCACCACGAGCCCCCGGACCCCUGAGUAAGCAAGGCUCUGGCAGCAGCCAGCCUACGGAGGUACAGGAAGGCUAUGGUUUUGGGUCAGAUGAUCCCUACUCAAGUGCAGAGCCUCAUGUAUCAGGCAUGAAGCGGUCGUCCCGCACAGCUGAGGGUGAGGUGAGUGGCCUCAUGCGCAAGGUGCCCCGGGUGAGCCUUGAACGCCUAGACCUGGACCUUACAGCUGAUAGCCAGCCACCAGUCUUCAAAGUCUUUCCUGGCAGCACCACUGAGGACUACAACCUCAUUGUCAUUGAGAGAGGUGCUGCAGCAGCUGGUCAGUCAGGGGCUGUGCCCCCAGGGGCUCCUGGUGCCUCUCCCCUGCCUGCCAUGGCCAUUGUUAAGGAGGAGGAGACAGAGGCUGCCAUUGGAGCCCCACCCACUGCCACUGAGGGUCCUGAGACCAAGCCUGUGCUCAUGGCUCUGACGGAGGGCCCUGGCCCCGAGGGCCCCCGCUUGGCCUCCCCAAGUGGCAGUACUAGCUCUGGCCUAGAGGUGGUGGCUCCUGAGGGCCCUUCAGCCCCCGCUGGUGGCCCAGGUGCCCUCGAUGACAGCGCCACCAUCUGCCGUGUCUGCCAGAAGCCAGGAGACUUGGUCAUGUGUAACCAGUGCGAGUUUUGCUUCCACCUUGACUGCCAUCUCCCUGCCCUACAGGAUGUGCCAGGGGAGGAGUGGAGCUGCUCACUCUGCCAUGUGCUUCCUGACCUGAAGGAGGAGGAUGGCAGCCUUAGCUUGGAUGGUGGGGAUAGCACUGGUGUAGUGGCCAAGCUCUCACCAGCCAACCAGCGGAAAUGUGAACGUGUCCUGCUGGCGCUGUUCUGCCAUGAGCCCUGCCGCCCUCUACACCAGCUGGUUACUGAUUCUACCUUCUCCCUGGAGCAGCCUGGUGGCACCCUGGACCUAACCCUGAUCCGCGCCCGCCUCCAAGAGAAGCUGUCACCCCCUUACAGUUCUCCACAGGAGUUUGCCCAGGAUGUGGGCCGCAUGUUCAAGCAGUUCAACAAGUUGACUGAGGACAAGGCGGAUGUGCAGUCCAUCAUCGGCCUACAGCGUUUUUUCGAGACACGCAUGAAUGAUGCCUUCGGUGACACCAAGUUCUCUGCUGUGUUGGUGGAGCCCCCGCCGCUGAGUCUGCCCAGUGCUAACCUAAGUUCCCAGGAGCUGUCUGGUGGCCCUGGUGAGGGCCCCUGAAGCCAGAUUGGCUCUGGUCUCUUCUGUCACCCCACGUUUGUCCUCCCCCCACCCCCAGGUGACCUGAUCUCCUCCCUGGUGUCCUCUUCCCUCAGUCUCACAAAAUGGUUUUUACUUCUGUGGAUUUAAUAAAAAUUUCACCAGUUGCUCAGGCCUCUCCUGGUUGUGGGCUCUGGUCCUGA